AUGGAUGGUGGUGAUGAUCGUUUCCACCACAGGCCUAACUUCCCCUUCCAAUUACUUGAAAAAAAAGACGACCACGUUGUUUGCUCCUCCUCCGCCACCACCACCAACUAUCCUUCACUCGCCAUCUCCACCGACACCAACCACAAUAACCUAAAUUCUACACUUCGAUCCAACUCCUCCACCCUCCUCACAACAGCAACAACCACCGCCACCGCCGCUACAUCAUCCACCGAGCUCUCAAAGAAACAACCACCCAAACGAACUUCAACCAAGGAUCGACAUACAAAGGUUGACGGUCGUGGCCGUCGUAUCCGAAUGCCAGCCCUUUGCGCCGCCCGAGUUUUCCAGCUAACUCGUGAGCUAGGACACAAGUCUGACGGAGAAACAAUCGAGUGGCUACUUCAACAAGCCGAACCCGCUGUCAUCGCCGCCACCGGCACCGGAACCAUUCCGGCAAACUUUACUUCACUCAAUAUUUCACUCCGGAGCUCCGGUUCCAGUAUGUCGGUUCCUUCUCAGUUCCGCUCCAGUUAUUUCAACCCUAAUUUUACUCUCCCACAAAGAAGGAACCUCUUUCCAGGUAUUGGGUCGGAUAAUUCGUCUCUGAAUUUCGGGUCGACGACAAUUCUAAAUCAGAUGAUACAAGCAAAGCAAGAAAUACGAGAUAAUUCAGUGGAGUUAUCAGAAUCGCCGGAGGAGGGCAUGGGGAGGAAGCGUAGACCUCCAACGGAGCAGGAUUUGUCGUCGUUGCAUCAGCAACAAAUGGGAAAUUAUUUACUUCAAUCAAGCUCAGGAGCCAUGGCAGCUAGCCACGCUUCCAUACCGGCUAAUUUCUGGAUGGUCGCUAAUUCUAACCAACAUCAAGCAAUGAGUGGCGACCCUAUUUGGACUUUUCCAAACGUCAAUAACAGCUCCUUAUAUAGAGGUACCGUUUCUAGUGGGCUACAUUUCAUGAACUUCCCUACACCAGUCGCACUUUUGCCAAGUCAGCAAGCGGGAAUUAGCGGUGGCAGCAGCGGCGGCGGCGGCGGUGGUGGUGGUGGUUAUAGUGAAGGACAACUAAGCAUGCUUGCAGCUGGUUUAAACCCAUACCGGCCUAUAUUUGCAUCUGAACAGCAACCGGGUGGUUCUCAAUCCCACCACGACGGAGGGCACGGUGGAGAGGAUCGGCAUGACACCAGUAGCCACCACACGUAGUGGAGUCCCGCCACCGGUGAUUAUCCCCGUUAAAUUUGAUGCGUAAACACACGUGAGGUUUGAUUUGUUCCUGAAUUUUGGAAAUUUUAAAUUUUAAUUGUAUUU